UUAAACACACUUGUUGAUGCGCCCAACAACUGUAUUGAUUUUGCCCAGACAUGCUCAGUAGCAUCAACCACUAGUCCACAACCCGCAAUAUGUUCGCCGCUUAAUUAAAAACGCAAUAAAAUGGAAGAUUUAUUGUUAAACAUCGUGAAAGAAGCCACAGGUACAAAAUUAGCGAAUCUGAAACAAGGCGCACAAGAAGCUCACGAUUUACUCUGUAACCAAAAUAAUCUUUUACGAAGUCCUAGCCACGAACUGCGAACUUCUUGUUUCGUCCCUUUGAAAUUAGCCUUAGAGAGCAAGAAAAGUAAAUUGGUGUCCUUGGCGCUGACAGGGUUUAAUAAAAUCGUCCGAGAUGAGCGCUUUCAGUCGGGAACUGAGCCCGAAGAUGAUUCACUUUGGCUCCCUGCACAGCUACUUUUGGCCACGUCGUCGAUGCUCUCUCAGUGCGAAGACACCCAAGUGCAACUAUUACGCGUGGUCCUUAAUUUGGCUUGUUCUGCAAGCUGGGCUUUGAAUGGACGACUUGUCAUGCUACUGAUUAGUAGAUGUGGCGAGGCUUACGAAAAUGGAACACAGCCAGUUAGGGCGGCGGCACAAGCGGCGGCGAGCCAAACUUUGACAGCGUUCUGCACAUUUUUGGACGAAGAAUGCCAAGAAAUUCUGCAGCAGCAGCAAAAGCACAAAAAUUCAGGGAGCAGCGCUGAGAUGGUCUACACGAAAACCUCAGCAGUGGCUUGCUUUAACGAAGCUAUCCCGGUUAUGCAAUAUCUUUGUAGCAGAUUAGAAGAAGCUAAAACGCAACCGAAAUCGAACGACCUCACUGUUUUUCUGUUAGAGUGUCUUCUGACUUUAGUGAACACUUUGCCUCAUACUGUUCAUUCUAAUAUUCACUUCACGACUUUUCUUUGGCAGAGGUUCUGUCCGGCACUAUUGUCUCUGCUAGGAGCUCCAGGAGAUCCAUCGGGACAAUGUUUAACCACAACUCAGUCAAAAAUCGUCUACAGUAUUGGUAUCCAAGUUGUACGAUUAGUUGGUCGAGAGCGUGCUCUGCGCCCAGUUCUUGAAGCCCUUUUUCAUCGAAUGUUACUGCUGCCGAGUCCCAUAAAAAGGCUUGAACCUCUCAGGGCGGCUCGAGAGCUUCUAAGAUCUCCUGGUAGACUCGCAGACUUGCUAUUAUUAAGUGGAGCGAUACAUCGUCAUGCUGGAGACGACAUGGCUAUCAUCCGAUUAAUCAUGGACUCCAUCGAGGAAUCAUCGCAAUGUAACGACACAAAUGUUCUUUUGGCGAGUGUGGAAUGUGUCGGGGCACUUUUAGGAUCCUUGGAAGCUUUAUGUCGUGGCGAAGGUCUUAAUCAAGAAGGAGCCGAGAUUGCAAAUUCUCGCUAUAUAACUUUAGAACAAGCGGAUUAUACUGGGCCUUUGACGUACCAGUCGUUAGCUAGACUACCUAAACCAUAUAGAGAUGUGGUUGCUAAUUUAAAAUGUCAGAGUGACUCAGACAGUAGUGGCAUCGAAGGGAACAUUCCGGACAUCGAAGGUGGGUCCGAAUCUGAUUGUUCAGGAGCUACCGAGGGACCAGAAGAAUACGGCAGCCAAUCAGAAGACAGUAUUAUGGACGACGAUAGUUUCUUAACCAAUCAACAACUGCAGAAGCUGCACAAACUUCCAAAAUCGCUUAAUCUGGGUCGAAGUGGCUUGGAAGAAUGCAAUACCGACAUGGAACGACAUAACGCCAGACACUUUGUUAAAACCCUCCAAAACAUCCUUCUACCAAAUCUCCUCUCUUUAAGAUCAUCGAUCCAGGUUGAUGAAGUUCUCCAAGAAUUUGCUUCAAAAUGUUGCCAACAUAAUUCCGCCCAAAGUUAUGAAAUUUCCACUAUCAUGAAUGCUGAUGGUGUAUACUUGGCAACUUAUUCUGCUCUUCUGCUUGAUUUGAAACUCAUACAGUCUGGCCACUACGACGUGAAUAAUAAAGAUUCAAGUGUCCCAAUAACAGAAGCUCAGUUUGUUGAGGAAAUUCACGGUAGCGGGGUUCUAGUUUACGUAUCGGCAACUUGGUUGUGCGAACUUUACCAGAAUGUUCUCGCUAAAUCGUUGCUUUUAUCAGCAGGCUAUGAUUCUAAGAGUUUACAACAACCGGCAAUUGUGAAUUUAUUAACAGAUGUUGGAGGCUUGUGUCCCUCUCAGCUUCUGUCAGACUGGCAAAAGCUUCAAAAGGUUCACGGAACGCCGGAUAGCAGCCCGGAAGUAGACGCCGGUAUUAAGUUGUCAAGGCGAGUUCUGACGUGUUGUUGGGCUUCUGUGGUCUCGGUGUUAGGGACUCCGUUGGGUGAAAAGACUAAUUUCACCGGAACUUCGGCUUUGAGUCGAUUAGUAGCACGUAGAGCUAGACAGAAGCACCGUCAAAGAGUGCGAGAUGACAUUAUCACCGCUUGCCUGGAAGGUCUUCAUAAGGCCGCUAGUUUGAGCAACAUCUUGAAGCUCCAGUCACGCAGCUGCAGCAUUUUAUCUCUGCUAUCAGCUUCUUCGUGUAAAAACCAAGGUGCCAAGCUUCCGGCAUCUCAUGCCUUAUCUUUGGAUGUUCUUCUCUCAAAGGGUUUGGCACUGGGUUCCCACAGCGCGGCUUGCUGGCUUCACGUCUUCAGUGCUUGCGUGGCCGUAGCCAACCUCGAACACGCCCUCUUCAGCAAAACCGGCUCAACCCAACUUCUAAUGGUGGCCCAAAACACCCAAAACAACACUGUCACAUCUAGCACUUACACUAACAGUAAUGAACGCUUAAACAUGGCUUUCAAUAUCAGUAACGACGAAGAAACUUGUGUGGAUGUGUAUAGUUUCCUCCACAAUGCAUCCUACUCUUCGAACGGGAAUUCCUCCCCAAACGACGCUUCUAUCGCCGAGAUUGUAGAACGAAGCGGCGCACACAAUGCCCAAAGUCAAGGAAUCCUACGCGGAGUUCACGCCGCUAAAGUCUGUUGCGUGUUGUCACAGAAAGCCGACGAGCUUUUCCACUCAGCGGCCUUAAGGUUGUCGCUACCCGGACUCGGUAGUUUUCUCACCGAACUUUGUAAAGCGUCACACACUCAGCUCUUCACCCGCUACGAGGACACCCCUCGCCAACAAAAAAAAUGGUGGAAGAAAGAACUCGAAGCUCAACAAAAACCCCCAGCGACGCUUCUCCUCCACCGCAUCGGCGAAGUCACCCUUAAAUGCAUACGAUCGGGCCGCCCCCUCAUCCACACCAUGAAAGUCUGGUCCAUCGUGGGCCCCCACUUCAUGCAAGCAGCGUGCCACAAAGACCGCACCAUCUCCAAGAAGGCCGUGCAGUGCAUUCACGAUGCAGUGACCGCACUUCUGAACGAGCAAGCCGAACUUCCGCAUUUCCAUUUCAAUGAAGCGUUGAUCAAACCCUUCGAAAAUCUCCUUUGUUUGGAGCUGUGUGACCUGGAUGUGCAAGACCAGAUAGUGUCUUGUUUAUGUGAGUUUGUGGAAGCCAACAGGACUGAGAUCUGCUCGGGAUGGCGGCCGCUCUUUGGAACGAUGCGAGUGGCUAAUGCCAAAAACAACGCCGGUGCCAUUUUGGACGUCUUCAGGAUUUUCCUCUCGACGGACAACACGCUGGUGUUUGCGAAUGCCGCCUUGGAUUACAUUCUUUGUCUUUUGUCGCAUAUUAAAAACGCGAAUUUCGAUGAGAGUGAAACUGCGGUGGUUGUUAAACCACAAGACAAGAAGAAUAUCACGUUUUUGGACAAAGAGGGAGAUUUCCCGUCUAAGUUGAUCAUCGGGCCGGUGGAUUUGUGUAUAGAGUCGUUGAAGCUUCUUCAGAAUUGUGCUGCAAUAUUGUCUAUGAUGUUCAACAUGCCCAAAUGCCCCAAUUUUAACAUGACGCACCGAAUGAGUAUUGACACCGAUCCUCAACUGGUUGAUCCUGUCAUCCAGAACAUCGAAAUAGUUAAUUUCCAUCAAGAUGCAGUAGACCCUAUUAGUUACAGCGUUCUGUCUACUAGAUUCGACCUAGAGCAGUGCGAAUCUACUGGAAUCACUUUAGCAAAAAUGGAUCGUCAAAGUAACGUCCUGAAAAUUUGGUACAUCUUACUUGAAGGUCUCUCCUCAGCUUCGAUCAUGGCAGCCCAAAAGAACCAACCCUACGUAGUCGAAACCCUCUUCAAGCUACUACGAGACUUAAUCGACAACCCAGGAGUUAACUUCGGUCUCUACUGCAUCAACCACUUGCUUCUCCCCAUGGUCCAAAACUGGAUGCGCCAAAAUUCCAAAAUCCAAAAACCAGGCGAAAUCUGGCAGAACUUCAAACACUGUUGUGGCUUAGCAAGUGAAUUGGUAGUGGAUUACUUACACCAUCUGCAAGGUUUCGAAAGAAAAGUGGACCAUCUUCCUGAAAACCCUGCAGCCACGCUAGCUCUCAAGCAACUUCUACUAAUUCUAGUAGAAUGCAUUACCCAACCCAGCGAAAACAUUGCUCGUCUGGGCACUUCUUGCAUCCGCCACGUCAUUUUGAGUGCUGGUAAAGUGCUUACACCUCCACAGUGGGAGAUUUUAGUAGUGGCCCUUCAUCGAGCUUGCACCAUAAGUCUGAAUCCUUUACACCAACUGACGCUCGCCUUUAAAGAAAACUCCGACAGCUUCUACGGUGACCUGGCCACUGUCAAAGUAGCAGCUCGCAAAGAUAGCACAGUUUCCGAAAACGAGAGACUCUAUGAGCUUGCACAGCAAGUUUUCUUGAUGCAGUGCCAACGCAACUGUCAAAAAUGUACAGGGAAGUUAUGCGAAUGUGAUGUUAAUAUUGUGAUUGAUGAUCGCAGUUACGUCUUCCUUUUGUACCCGUUGGAUAUGUCGUCUAUUUUGAACCCAGAUUUGUACACUGUGAGGGUUCCGUUCAGGAACAUGGUAGUGGGGAUUCUGGCGCACCAGAUGCUUAUUCAAACUAUUUCGAGUGCGCUUUUGCAAAACUUGAAUCAUAUUACACCCAUUUUAAACAUACUGCAAAUCAGUUCGUGUAGUUUGAGAGGGAUUUUGACACACGUGAACGCUAAACACGUGGAUAUCUUACUGAAGUGUUUGGAAGUUAGUAAUGUGAGGGCUAAGCAGUUUGAUGUUAGACCAGGGUUGAAGUUUCUGACUCAAAAAGUAGGGAAUUUAAAUAAAGCAGCUAAUUUAUACACACAAGCUAAUACAUCUGAAGUAGUCCAGAUUAUCGUUUUGAUUGAGCUCUGCCUAGACGGUAUCGAGAAAUACAGAAUCAAACCCAAAGAUCUGAAAGACUUACUAGCAAAAGACGUUAAAGCCAAAUGUACCACAGAUUUAGACUACGUCGAACAAUUCUUGAAGAAGCUACAAAACAAGUGGGAAUAUUUAUGCGAGUCGUACAUAAACUUGACCAUAAAUAUACCAGAGAGCGUGAACCAAGACAGCGAUGACGAACUGAAGAGCUCCAAUGACAAUCUUAACGAAAUACCUGUGAGCGAAUCAUCCGGAAAACCGCAACCGUUUAGCCUGUCGGAUUUCAAGCAAGAAGAAGACACUUUGAGUUCCAGUACCGAUUCCGACGGCUACUUGGAAAAAGAAGUACUACCUAACAUAAAAACCGACGACGACACAAUUUACGAAACCACCAAAAACGAAAACAAGCUGAAACAAAGUCAAAGCUUAGACGACUCUGUUCUAAAAAAGAACAAAAACGAACCGUCCUCUACCGACGACGAAACUAACGAAAUGGCAGCUAAAUACACGAAGCAAGCUUACGAUAAGUACAAAAUCGAACUUAAUGCAAUAAAGUACGACACAAACACGCUUUUGCAAAUGAGGAAGUCGACUAUAUCGAGCGACAAUAUAGUGGCGAGUUGUGGGGAUGGGCUUGACGGGAAGAAAACAGUGACGCCUAGUCCGAGAAUAAAUCCGUUUAUGGUGUCUAAUGUUGUUCCACCACCUCAACCGAUUCCACCUGAAAUACAACAACAAAGAGCCAUCAGUAUCUUCAAAGACUCUGAGGCGUACAAGACUACUCGAAUUGAAACUAUGGAAGCUUGUUUGGAGUUGCUGAGUAGUCUGUCGUCGGAAAAAUUAUCUCCUCUUGCCACAGUUUUGAAGCAAGGUGCUGUUUUAUUGAUAGCCGCUCAAGAUGAAAAAAUCAAGACCGCGGCCGAAAAUCUUCUGAAUAGGAUGAAUAUAUCUUAUAUCGACCAUGACAAUUUCUAAAUGUUGUCAAUUUGUUAGAUGUAGUCCAAUCGUGCACUCUUAAGGGUAUAUGCUUUAUGAUGAUUCAAUCUUUUACGAAUUCCUUUCAAAGACUGGACCAGAAAGUCUGAUUUGGCAAGCAUUAUGUCGACAUGUCUAUAGUGCUACUUAUAUUUGUUUAGAGUUAGAUUUAGUUAUAGCAUAUAUGUAAAAAUUGCUGUAUUUUAUGAAGAAUGUACAGAGAUGGUAGACAAUAAAGGUUGACU